AUGACUUCCAGUGACGAACAGACAAUGCGCGUCAAAGCGCAAAUUCAGCAGUACUUAGUACAAUCAGGUUACUAUGAAAAACUUUCCGUAAGCCUCAACGAAAAACUACUUCAGGAUGGAUGGAUGGACGAAGUAAGACGAAUCACAAACGAAGAGAUCUCAGCAAACAAUACUUCUAAUUUCACUCAAAUAUUGGCAAAAGUUGAACCAAAGGCGCUAGACAUGGUUUCCGCAUCUACUCGUGAUGAAGUGAUAGAUCAAAUAAGGACAUUUCUCAGCGAAAUUGUUGAAACUGAUUGA